AUGGCAGGAUUGAGUUUCGAUAAUUUCCAAAGGAAUAAAUUCUUAGUUUCCAAAGGAUUUGGCCAACCAAUGGCUACUUCUACUGGUACCACCAUUGUUGGAUGUAAAUUUAAUGGAGGUGUUAUCAUUGCAGCUGAUACUAGAGCUACUGCUGGUAGUAUUGUCGCUGAUAAAAAUUGUGAAAAGUUACACAGAUUAUCCCCUAAAAUUUGGUGUGCUGGUGCUGGUACUGCAGCAGAUACUGAAAUGGUAACUCAAUUGAUUGCAUCUAACUUAGAAUUACAUUCAUUAUCACAAAGAAGACAACCAAGAGUUAUAACUGCUUUAACUUUAUUAAAACAACAUUUAUUCAAAUAUCAAGGUCAUUUAGGUGCCUAUUUGAUUGUAGCAGGGAACGAUCCAACAGGGGCUCAUUUAAUGUCCGUUCAAGCUCAUGGUUCAACUGAUAUUGGAGAAUAUCAAUCAUUAGGUUCAGGUUCUUUAGCAGCUAUGGCAGUUUUAGAAACCGGUUGGAAACCAAAUAUGACUAAAGAAGAAGCAAUGAAAUUAUGUGCUGACGCCAUUGAAUCAGGUAUUUGGAAUGAUUUAGGUUCAGGUUCCAAUGUUGAUUUAUGUGUUAUGGAAGUUGGAAAAGAUGCUGAAUUACAUAGAAAUUACUUAACUCCAAAUGUCAGAAGUGAAAAAUUAAAAUCUUAUAAAUUUGAUAGAGGUACCACUGCUGUGUUAAGAUCCAGCAUACAUGAUGUUUUAGAUGUUGAAGAAACUGUCAUUACUUUUGGUAAUGAUGCUAUGGAAGUUGAUGCUUAA